GUUUGUGGUGCGUGGGGCGCAGCUCCAGGAAGUGCUGGCGACAGAAGUUGUCGUGUUGCUCCUACAUCAGGGAGGUUCAGCUGUGAUAAUUGAAAAGCUGAAAGUAAAUGAAUUUAGCGUGGAUGGGAGCCACGCAGAUUGGGUGAAGAACGAAUUUCAGUAGGCGGUACGCACCUUGGCACCUCAGAAAAUGAUCACAGAAUAGUUCCAACCUCUCUGCCAUGGGCAGGGACAGCUCUGGCUCCUAAUGCUCCCUGGAGCCUGGUGUUUGACCACUCUCGUGCUCCCAAAAACCACUGUUCUCUUCGAGGGAAUAUCUCCUUUUGAGGGGUGGGCUCAAGGCUAAGCCUGGCCAGGCUCUCCUGUUCCACCCAAGGUGAGGUCGAUCUCUGAGGGAGGUGAGGGAAGGAAACGAAAUAGAACAGAAACCGACUCUGACUUCUAGGGGUUUUCUUUGACUCCAUCUGGUCAGCAGCCCAUUCACAAAACUCAAACACACUUAGAUUCCCUUUCAUGAAUGGAUGACUGGCCUCUUGACAGUACUGAGUGGUUUUGAGGAAGAAAGGGAAAAUCACAACAGUUUGGAAAACAUAAGUACUUGGCAACUACUGAAAAAUUGCUGCUCUGACAAAUAUUCUGGAGGCAGCUGUGAGUCGGGUUUCCUCUCAUGGCAGUCAGUUGCUGUGAGUGGAUGCUUCAACCUCCUUCACCUGCAUCCCACUCUCAGUGUAUUACCCUGGCUUUGAAGAGUCCAGGUGCAGACCUUACAGCCCCAAAGCACGCUCAGCUCCCAGCAGCUUGUCUGUCUGUCCUGGGAAACACCAGCACGGCACAGUGCUGUGAGAGAGGCUCUCACCACAGGUUUAUCUCUCAGCUGGAUUUCUCCCAGUACACCUGGCCCCCACACUCCCCCAUGAGCAGCUGUGUCGGACUAUUCACUGCCCCUUUGAGAGACCUCAGCUUUGCACUUCACACCACACAAUCACAAAAAGAAAUUGGCAGCCAUGUGGAUAUCUCUUAAGCAGAGGUCCCGCCAGAGUAAACAAGUUAUUCCACCUCUGAGGAAUUUUUUUCUCCCUUCAUUUUCAUAAUGUAAGCUGCUCUGACUCGUCACUGAAGGCUGCAGCAUGAGCUGGAACAGUACUGCAUCUUGGUGUCACAUUCAGUUCUUACAAAAACAGGAUAAUACUGAUCCUUUCUCCAGAGCUGUGUUGGAAUGCCCUGACAUGGAACUCACAAAUGGAGACAGGCCCAUCCCAUAAAUCCCUUCUGCUCAGUGACAGAAACCCACAUGGAACCUUUCUCUCCCUCAUGUACAUUUUCCCCUCUGUUCUUAAUCUCUGACAAGUGUCAAAGGGAGCUUCCUACCCUGUAAAGGCUCCAAGUCACAGUGUUUACACCAGAAAUGUAACAUGGCCGUCUGAUGCUGACUCAUCCUCAUGUCUGGAAAAAUGUCCUCCCAAGAUGUCGGAGGCUUUGGAAUGAACCUUGGUGCGGGGAGGAUGCUUGCACACUACAGCUUUCCUGUAGGUCAUGAAACCUUUGAGGUUAGGAGAGAGAAAUCUGAAACAAACAGUUUCACUUUGAGACAGGUUAUUUUAGGGUGGAAGGAACCACAUGCACUUAAGGCAGGCCUGUGUUCUUCCUACUGAACUGCUCCACGUUGUAGAAGAUGAUUAGGGCUUCACAGGGCAGACAAACUGAGAGAGAAACUUGAACCUAGAGGCUGGUGCCCUCACCUAGGCACUUCUACUUGGUGAUACAUGGUAAGGAUGCAUUCUCCCUUAUGCAUACUUAUACAGGCAUACCUGGUGGAAGGUCAGAAAGCGCUCAAAAAAGGCUCAGAUGGUUGGUUUUCCUCCUUUUCUGGCAGAGUACCCAAGCAGACUUGCCCUUCCUCAGUUGCCAAGACAAUCUUUGAUGUUUACUUCCUGCUCUGUCAUUGCUGGGACAAUGAAAAACGGGGAGGUCAAAUUGCUUUUUGCUGAGAUGACAACUAAUCCUGGUUCCUCUGUCAAUCCUGGGAGAAAUACACAGGAGUCUGCAUGCUUAACACAGAGCCACAGUUUCUACUUUCACAGACAAAUGACAGAAAAUACAGGAGCUCUGAGACUAAGUAUUCCAGCAGUAGGGGGGAUCCAGAACAAUAAGCUAAGCUCUGGGUGUAUUUCAUGCCCUUCUUUGAGUGCAAACCUCUCUCCACAGGGAGAGGUUUUAAACAGUCAUCAUUUGCUUAGCUAACACUUGGUUUCCCACAAGGUCUGGUGCUGCUACCCUAACUACAUUGUUUCCAGUAUCAAAAAUUAGUUUUCCAGGCUAAGUGAAUUUUCCUGUGAUCAGAUUUCCUUGACCAUUGGGUAUUUGCAGUGCUGAUAUUCCUCUGCCAGCUGUUGCUUUGUGGGUGGGGACUCAACACUUUCAGCUGAGUUGGGUGCUUUCAGCAUUGGCUUGAAUGUGCAGACAGCACAUUUUUAAAAUUUUCUUUUUAAUUAAAAGAAUUUGUGCAUAAAAUCAAGUUUGUUUGCUUUCACUAUCCCUGGCAUUCUCAAGCAAAUCACACUGUGCUUCAUGACUGUGUGCUGUAAGGGACUGUUAAGAGAAAUCUGAAGUGAUUUGUAAGUCUUUGCAAUAGUGCUCCCAUUGCCAUCAUAAUCACUUCCAUUGGGAAGCAAAAUAAGUGGCAUUAAGUUUCUGAAUUAAUAUAACUGUAAUUACUCUGUAAUUAAGUUCACAAGCAAUAAAAAGAAAACCCUUUAUACCAAAAUAGCUUUACUAGUAAGAGCAUUUUAAGCACAGAGCAACUUGAGUAGCUUUUGCUGUUUGCAUAAGGAAUUGGCACAGUGUGCUGCUAUAAUUAAAAAAAAAAUCCCAGGAAUUAGUAAAUCUGAGAAUUCAGAUUUAGUAGACAAUUUAAAAGACAUUUCUUUUUUAAAAAACACCAGUUUUGUGCAUUUACAAAAUUGUUAAACACCAGGAUGUUGUUUGACAGCUCAGCAAAUACACAAAAUAAAACCAGAUCUGCAAAACUUGGCCAAAGUUAUGUUUAACUCCAGGGCUGUAAUACUGGUGCCUGCUUUAUAUUACAAGUAAUUUCAAAAUUUCCAUAGGACUUGGCAAAGAAGGAAUGGGCCCAUUGGAGUGCACAGGCUUUAUCUUACAAUCUGAGAAUUGUAAGAUAAAAUAAGAUUAAUCGGAUGCUGGGGAUGGAAAGAUGAAGCAUUGCCUGGAAGCCAGGAGAUGGCUAUUGGCAUUGCAGUUUUCAGUCUUGGAAAAUUGAUUGGGUUGACAAACUCAGGCGCGUAUUUGUGAGACACUGAGGACCUGCUUCUCUGACAAUAAGCCAGACGAUCCUGGAGGCAAGUAUUUCAGGGUCAGAAGGUAUCUCUGUAUGUAUCUCUGGAGGAUGCAGCUGGAGUGGGGUGCAAUAGUCCUCCAGGCCAGGCAGCUGAGGCUGCCUAAAUUUCAGUGAAAACUGGAGAAAUUUAUCUCAGAAGAUUUGGAAAUAAGAUGAACGUCUGCCUAAAACAGCCCCAAAGCCUUCAGCUGGAACAAACUGGGGAAGAUGGUUGAAGAUCCGAAGAGAAAACUGCUCAUGGUUCUUGCUCUCCUCUUGCUGCCCAGCUCAGCACAAACAGGGAAUACAGACAGGCUCUCAGAGCAUCACUGCACAGAUUUCCAGAGAGCCAGCUUUCUACGGGGCAGAAAACUUCAGGUCCAGUUUCUUCUGUUCACUUCCUUGAGCCCCAGCUGUGGAGAGCUGAUCUCAGCUGAUGAUGGCAUCGAGAACUGCAGCUUCAACAGCAGCCUGGAAACCAAAAUCAUCAUCCAUGGCUUCAGGGCUUUGGGUACCAAACCUUCCUGGAUUGAAGGGCUUGUCCAAGCCAUACUGCACACCAGCCAGGUGAAUGUGGUCGCAGUAGACUGGAUUUAUGGAUCUACAGGAGCCUAUCCCUCUGCAGUGGAAAAUGUCACACAGCUGGCCCUUGCCAUCUCACAGUUCAUCAGCAAGCUCCUGGCCCUGGGAGUCUCAGGGACAUCUAUCCACAUCAUUGGGGUGAGCCUGGGAGCACAUGUCGGGGGCCUGGUGGGGCACUUCCACGGCGGCCGCCUGGGACGGAUAACAGCCCUGGAUCCUGCAGGCCCUAAGUACACCAGAGCCAGCCCCGAGGAACGUCUGGAUCCUGGGGAUGCCCUCUUUGUGGAAGCCAUUCAUACUGAUGCUGACAAUUUUGGGAUCCGGAUUCCUGUAGGCCACAUAGAUUAUUUUGUCAAUGGAGGCAAAGAUCAGCCAGGAUGCCCCCGAUUCAUCUCUGCAGGCUAUAACUUCUUGAUCUGCGAUCACAUGAGGGCUGUGCAUCUCUACAUCAGUGCCUUGAGCCACCCCUGUCCCAUCGUGGGGUUCCCCUGCACAAGUCAUCAAGAUUUCCUAAAUGGUCACUGCCUGGACUGUGAAAAACCCUUCCUGUCCUCCUGUCCCAGAAUAGGUCUGCUGGAGCAGGCAGGUGUCAACAUGAGCAGGCUGCCCCAGGAAGUGAAAGUUUUUUUAAUGACCAGUCCUUCAGCCCCAUUCUGUGUCCACCACAGCCUGGUUGAGUUCCAGUUGCAGAAGAAAAGAAACAGAGUCACCAGCAUUGAAAUCAGUUUCAGCAGCAACAGCACCAAGGACACAGCAAAGAUCACCAUACCCCAGGACCAGGAGACAGGCAAAAGGCUGCUGGCCCACCGAGUUCCCCUCUGCCAGAUAAACAGCGUGACCCUGAAGUAUAUCCCCAAGAAUCUUUUUUGGAGCAAGGAUGAGCCAUCCAUUGUUGGCAAGUUCUGUGUAGCACCACUGCCUCUCAAUAGCAGCAGGACCAUGUCAUGUCUGCCCUGGAGCCUCACCCUCCCCAGCAAAACAGACAUCUCGUAUGACCUGCCUGCUGCUUGUGCCUAGCUCUGCCUUCAGGAUACACAGAACCAGAAAGGAGUCCUAAACCUAUUGCUGCUCUCUUCUCCCAGAUGAUACUUUCACCAUAAAACUGGAUGGGUUUUUUUCUCCCUGCAUAAAGGGCAAGAUGUAAAGGGAAAGAAGUGCAUGGCAGAUUGAUAAAUACAAGGUUAACUGGUUACAGCAAAAUCUUCCAGUUAAAAGACUGGAUUGACACUUUUGUCUCACAGGUUCUGUACCCAGCUCUCAAAGUGAGACAGGAAAGUCAUUUAAGGCUUGAAUCUGUAUGAAUGAAGGAGAGGAUAAUAUCACUCUUUUUAUAGUGGGAGCAUUAGUAUAAUUCAUUAGUGUUUUAUAUAUAAACUGUUCUGUAAUCUUCAUAUUAAAGGUGAGAGGUAUUAUUUACCUCAGCAAGGGAAACUGUGUGGUCCAGGUUUGGCACAUGAAGGAGCCAUUCUUAGCCAGAGCUCCAAUGGGAAACUCACUAGUUCCCAUCUACAAGAUGCUUUCAGAGGGGAUUUCACAGCACGUAAAUCUCUCUGAAGCUCACAUGAAGUGAAGCAAGCACCAGGAGCAGCACAGAGCUCUCACAUCCAAUUUUGCACUGCUUCCACCAUCUGCCCAGAAGAGAAGGUAGUAGGAGAAUGGAGCGCUGUAGCCACAGGGCCACCUACCACAAAUUAAUCCCAGGAACUCAGCACAGCCCUUCAGACCUGAAAAAGUAGUUGAAGUCUGGAAAUAAUUGGUGGAAGAUUGCAGUGGGAUGCAUGACCACAGAAACAACACACCCACACCUUUUCCAUACCACUAUACAUAUGCAAAUUAAAGAGGUGACAAGAUUUUCAUAAUUUCUGCCCACAAAUCAUGUCUUCUGUUGACCAUUUUGUCUGGUUCCCUGUACUGGCUUCACUGAGCGAUGGAAAAGUGCACCAGGAAUUCCAUGAUCAGGGGUGAGGGACAUGCUAAAAGAAGAAUUUUCUCAAGUCAUUUGCCAUGAGCUGUCACUCCUUAUUCACUAGACAGUGUCACAGCAGAAUUAGCUCCUGCUUUCAGUUCACAUCCAAGAUUUUGGGCCCUGCCUUAUGACUGGAAGGACAGCUAACAAACACCAUCUCCAAUACACGCCUGGGAGGGGGAUAGAGCUGGACUCUGACAACCUGAGAGAGAUCGAGGUUAGUUGGCACCAUGAUUGAAAAGUUUCCUGGGAUCUUGUUGGAAUAUAAGCUCAGCAGACAACUGUGAAGGGCAGUGUGUAAUUCAGCCCAGGAACUGCUUCAGGCAGGUGCAUGAAGCACCUUGACAGAUGGACCCAGUACCACUGCACAUUUCAGCUCCUUUGCAGAAGAGACCCCGGCAGCUCCCGUGUCAAUCUGCUGCAGACAUUUCCGAGCUGUGAAAGGCAGUGGGGUCAGGCUGAAGCACCAAUGUAUUGACAGAGCACGGUAGCAACCAUGAGCAGGAUGAUUCCCAGGCCUGGGGCAGCCCCAUUCUCCUGCCCUGGUGUCGCAGCAAAGGCAAGCACUGCAGGGAGCUGUGUACAUCACAGAUCCCA